GUGCAAGCAGAUUGAUAGCUAUAAGAAGGGUACGUGGCAGUUAUCAAGCACUACAAGUUACUGCGCUCUCUCUCUCUCUCUUCAAAACCCCCAUCUCCUAUUUAUUUCCACCAUCUUUCCGCCACCUCUCCUCCGCCGCCCUCCGCCGCAGCAACGGGAACAUGAGAUGGUAGGCCUAAGCGUAAUCCUCGAAAACUACAGAGAUCUCUCCGAAAAACGAAGCCCCCAAAUCCUCAGCAAAGGCGCCAUGAUCAAACCUUCCUCUCCUUCUCUCUCUAACUACUCUCCUGCUUCUGGAUUUCUCGAGAAUUGUUUCCUCUGCCGGCACAAACUAUUGCCAGGCAAAGACAUCUUCAUGUACAAAGGAGAUAGGGCAUUUUGCAGUGUGGAGUGCAGGUGCAAGCAGAUUUUCAUGGAUGAGGAGGAGAGCUGCGAAAACAGUGGUUGUACGUUGGAUUACACCUGUUCAGCGGCUGCCACGUCAUCUCCGUCUUCUUCGUCGCCGUCGUCUUCCCGCAGCGGUAAGGGGGCGAGAGCUCGGGCAACAAACGCGUUUGCGUAUUGAAGUGUGUUUUUCCGUUUCUGCCCUCGGUGGAUAGCGUUUAUGGCGUCUGUGCCCCUCCCUUUUUGAGCUCUAUCUCGACGCUGCCGAGUGCGGUGCCAGGGACUGGUUUGUCAUCUCAUGUUAGCCCAUGGGUUUUUGGUUUUCCACUGGUUUUUUCGCUGGCGGAGAAAUUGGGGUUUUGGAAUUUCUCAACUUCAAGGAUGUUUUUGGAAGUUCACUUCUUAUAUAUUUGAAAAACAUUUUGGUUUGUUUA